GUGCACUCCUUCUGAACGAUGGAUGGCACGGCCUGGUCGGCUGCACCGCUCUUGACGCGCUCGUCGGAUACGUCCGAGCUUCGCGGCGGAGCAGCUGCGAUGGAAGCCGUGGCGCAUCGCAAUCGAAUGGAGCAGGAGACGCAGCGACUGCUGAAUGUCAUAUUCCGCGGUUCUGACGUGGCUCCCCGCACCUUACGGGACCGUGAUGCCGUCGUCCCUAGAUUCUCCAAGCGGCGCUUCGCGAUACCUUCCCUAGAUUCUCCAAGCGUCGCCUCGAGUAGCGGUGCUUUAGAGCAGGCGAUUACGUCGGAUCUCCCCGCCGAUGCGGCUAACACUCCCUGCGUGCAGCAACCAGCCGGAGCGCCGAUCGCGCCGCAAGAUGCGGGCUUGAUUCAGCGGAAACUUGAGCUGCUGCAGCAGAUUCAGCAGCAACGCCUUAAGGAACUGGAAUGGGAGCAGUGGCAGAACCAGCAGCAGCAGAACCAGCAGCAGCAGAACCAGCAGCAGCAGAACCAGCAGCAGCAGAAUCAGCAGCAGCAGCAGCAACAGCUGCAGCAGCAGCAGCAGCAACAGCUGCAGCAGCAGCAGCAGCAGCAGCAGCAGCAGCAGCAGCAGCAGCAGCAGCAGCAGCAAGAACAACAGCUGCAGCAACAGCAACGGCAACAGCAGCGACAGCAGCAACAACAGCGGCUGCAGCAGCAGCGGCACCAGCAGCAGCAGCUUCUGCUGCAGAAUCUGCAGCAGUCGUUGAGCGGUCGCCAGGCGGGUCUCAAAGCUGAUUUUCAUAGUGCCAGCGUGUCGCUUCCUCCCGCGAUUCCCGAUUCGUCGUCGAGCGGGAUCGCCGGCGCAUGCAGCGGCGCAACUGGCGGCGGAAUCACCGCGUGUUCCGCAAGCGGCGGAGGGAACGUGCUGGCGGUCAGGGACAAUGGCGAGGAGGCGCAGCGGUGGACCGAUGCCUCGUCGGCAGGAUCCAUGGCGCCCACGACAGCAACGCGCGCCAUAGACCAUGCCGCCAUGCCUGCCAACUCCGCCGCUGCUUGCGCCUCCGCCUCCGCCUCCGCCUCCGCCUCCGCCUGUGCUUCUGCCUCCGCCUCCGCCUGCGCCUCUGUUUCCGCCUCUGCCCGAGUGCACGCCCUUCUCGCCUCGCUGCAGCACCUCAUCCCCUCCUCGCCGCCGUCCGCACUCCCCCCCGCGCCACCAGCCACGCAACCGCACCUGCAACAUCCUCACCAGCAGCAGCAGCAACAGCAGCAACGCCGGCAGAAGCAGGAACAGCAGCAACAGCAGCAGCAGCACGAGCAGCAGCAGGGCCCGAUACUAGAAGCACGCGUGCCGAGGUUUUCCUCCCGCUCUCGCGCCCACAUGUCUCUGCCGCAGUCUCCUUUCUCCACGCCCCCCUCCCGCCCCGGUCCCACGGCCCUCCCCCUCUCGAAUCACCAGUCCGCCUCCCCUUUCUCCGUCCCCACCGCGCCUCUCAGCGGUCUCCCGUCUCUUCCUCCUCGCAUACUUGCUGAGAAAUCUCCCCCCUGCUUGGCGGCGGUUGCCCCUGCUGCAUCUGCCGCGUCUCUCCUUCCGUUCUCCUCAGCCCUCCACCCCCACCUGCAAUCACACCGGCCAGCACUCGCGCCAGCACUGGCACCAGCACCAAUCGCUGCGCAGAUACUGUCAGCUCCACUACCAACUCUAGCACCAGUGCUUGCACCCAUACUGCCAGUUCCAGCAGCUCUAACACCAGCAGCAGCAGCUAUAGCAUCAGCACCGACAAGUUUUAUAAGCAGCCGACACAAGCGGCUGCUGCGCAACAGGGUGAACGCGCAGCAGGCGAGGGAGAGGAAGCGGCACCAGGCAGCAGCCAUGGAGGAGCGCUGUGAGGCGCUGGCGCAGGAGAACAGGCAGCUGGAAGCUGCAGUGGAAGCCGUUUCGCAGGAGAAUGAGCAGCUUCGGCAGCUGGUGCGCAGGGGCGUGCUGUCAAGGGGAUAGGAAACAUGAGGGAGCAGCCAGCCAGCACAGUGUGGAAGUGUUGUUUACCUGUGCUAAUCUGUGGCGUGGGGGGACGAGAGAAUGGGGAUGAUGAAUAGUGGGUUCGAAGUGAGUGGUAGUAGGAUCUGGUAAUGGAGGGAACGGCAGGGCAUAGCGAACGGGUAAUAAGGUGCGCUCAAUAUCAGUGCCUCGCUUUGAUUGGGAUGGGGAGGGGGGGGGGGGCGUUGGUGGUUUGUUCUUUGACCUACCGUACCCAGUAUUAUGCAGUGUGAGCUUGUGUAGGAAUCUUAAAGUCAGGGAGUGAUGUGGUGUGUGAUAUCAUGUGACCUGUACAUAUUUCUUGUACCAUAGCAAGGUUGUCCAUAUGAG